AUGACGCUGCUAAUCCUCGAAGAAGUAAUCGGCGACCUACUACUGGGGAUAGACUUCUUGGAACAAUGUAACGCGACACUACAAUGCGGAGGCAUCACAGCAAGAAUGCACAGAAAAAAAAGAAACAAAAACAGAACACGGAAGAGUCACGGCAUCGGAUCACUAGCAACAGGCGAUUUAACAGACGCAGAGAUCCAAGAAACCCUCAAAAAGGAAUUGGAUAUGAUGAGUCAAAUCAAGGGAGUUAGCCACAUUGCCACGCAUAAGAUUUUUAUGAAGCACGAUCGCCCAAUUAAACAGAGCUCGCCAGUAGUAAUCGUAGAAAAGAAAAACAAAGAAUGGAGACUUUGUAUAGACUACAGGCAGCUGAACGAGCACUCAGAACGAGACGCAUACCCGGUACCCCGAAUGGAUCACAUACUCAACCAACUACGGGAGGCCAAGUCCAGCUGGUUGCAGGAAGCCAACCCAGGCUGCUCCGGUAGGCAGACAAGCGCCAGCCAGGAAACCAAUUCCUACACCAACCACGGCAACAACACGGCAAACGAUGGCGACACCAACAACCAGGGAAACGACCACGGCAACAACACGGCAAACGGUAACAACUCCAACAACCAGGAAAACGACCACGGCAACAACACGGCAAACGAUGGCGACACCAACAACCAGGGAAACGACCACGGCAACAACACGGCAAACGGUAACAACUCCAACAACCAGAAAAACGACCACGGCAACAAAACGACAACCGAUGACAACAACAACAACCAAGGAAACGACACGGCAAACAACGGACAACGAAGCACGACCCCUCACGCCCAGGACAACAACAGGAACAAAAAGGAACGAGCUGGCUGA